CUAGGCGCUGAGCGCUGGGCCGCGUCCGCAAUAUGGGGUCUUCUACUUCUUCGUCCCAGUCUCCGGACCCUCCUACCCCUGCCAACCCGGUGCCCGCGGAUUCGGCCGAAGCACCGACCCCUCCCGCGGCAGCUACCUUAUUUAAUACCUGCUGGAGCUGUCGCUUGGUCUCCGGGUCCGGGCUGUUGGCGGCGGGCUCCUACGUGUACCUGUGGGCGCGGAGGCCCAUGAAGAUGGGGCUGGCCCCGGGCCCCGGGCCCGUUAUGCAGAUGGUCAUCGGCAUCAGCAUUGCCUGUUGGGGUGUAGUUAUCCUGGUAGACCCAAAAGGGAAGGCCUUUCGCGUUGCUUGAAGGUAACACCAGUGACUUUGUCAUCAUGUGUCCUUGACUUCAUGACACACAGAUCAAGCAUGGGAUUUAUGGAUAUUUUGGAUAAACACAUGGACAUGGAUGUUUGGUCACUAUUGUGGAUACUGACAAGACUAAACAGACAGUGAAAACAAUUGGUUGUCACUCUUCGGAUAUUAUGAGUGUACUUUUUUUCCUCCAAUUACAUGAAAACCAUUAAAUCAUUUAUAGAAGAAAGUAGUUCUGUACUUCAUCAGAAGAAGAAAGGUAUAAUUUCAUUUAUACUCAAAUAUAUCAAAAUUAUUUUUAAAAGAUAUCAAAAUGGAAGAACUUAUAAACCAGUAGAAAUAAGUUGUUUUAAUAUAGUUCCCAUUUUUUUCGGGAGUACAGAGAUUUGAACUCAGGGCCCAUUACUCGGUUUCCUUAUUGGCUCUACCAUUUUAGCCAUGCCGUCAGCCUGCUUUUUACUAUGCUUUGGAAGAUGGAUUCUCAUGGACUUUUCUGGCCAGGCUGGCUUCAAACUGCAAUCCUCAGUAUCUCAGCCUCCAGAGUAUCUAGCAUUGGAGACAAAAAUCACCAGCACCCUGGUUCUUUCAAGGCAUUUUUAAAUUCUUCACCUCAUGAGAGCUGCAGAGCUAGUCUGAUUUAUUAUUUAAUGGGUAAACCUUAAAACAGUUAAAGUGAUUUUAUCAGACUCAUUAUGUAAGUCAGAAAUGGAGUUAGCACGUGUCUAGUUAUUCUAGUCUUUGAGAAGGGUAGUAUGGUUCCAAGAAGAUGUGAAUUAACAUUUUGAAACAUUCAUAGGAUCAACAUUCAAGACUGAAAUACCAAAAUGGUUGAGAUAAUUUCAAAGCUUUUAGUAAGAUGAAAGCCUUUGAUUCUUUUUCCACAACCAUCACAAAUGUUCUUGUGAUGGAAUGGAGAUGCUUUGGGGAUAAGGGCUCAAUAUUUAUUCAUUUUUAUGAGAAGUUGUGCUUGCUGUUGGUGUUUUGCUCUGAAAUACUGUAGUUUCUAUGUAAAAGCAUGUUUAGAUUUUUUUUUUUCUGAAAAACAAAGGUACUUCUUUCUGUUAAACUGCCAGUCAUAGUGUUUAAUGAAAUGUUUAGUAGCCAGCACCUUGAAGGCUGUUACUGACACUGAAAAACUGAAACACUUGGAUUAAUUUGUCUCAUCAGUGUCCAAAAAUGAGUCCAUGAGCAAAAUGGCAAAAUUUAUUGAAGAAAAAGAUAAAGCAGAGCUCUCACUAGAGAGGGACUCCUACUGAAAGUUAAUGCAUGGAGCUAAUUGUGUUGGUGUUAAUAAAGUGUCUCUAUGAAAGA